AUGGCACAGGCAUGGGAUCCAGCCGCUUAUGUUCACGAGGGACUCUGGACGAACUUCACAAAGGGCGGCAUACGAGGCCUUACGCUCACGCUCUGUCCUAAAAAUGCCGCGCUGCUGACCAGCUCUCUGACAUUGUUCAUCACGCUGUCGGGCGGGCAGCUCUGGACCAUUAUACGGUUUACACUUCACCAAUUACAGGCCCUCCCGAAGCCAAAAGAUUCCAGAGAGCUUCAUAAUCAGCAACAACUCAUUCUGAGAAAUGCGACGACAGAUCUCGCAACAAUGCGGCUCCUCCUGAACCUGGUUUGGGCGUAUCGAUGGGGCAAAAGGAAGGGAUCUUCGCGUUCUAUUCAAAUUGCAUCACUCGCUCUCAUCCACGCCAUAAUUUUCAUGGUUGCCGGAGCUUUCUCUAGCACAUUCUUGAAUGCAGGUCCAUCGGUGCUCUCAAGAAGCGACCGGUGUGGAGUCUGGGAUGAGGCUUACUACGAGAUCGCUGCAGCGCAUAAUGUCAAUCCCACCAGCGCGGAGAAUUUCAGCUUGUCAGUGCAGUAUAUUAUAAAGCAGGAACAUGAUGUUCAACUCAGUCUCGAGUAUGCUCAAAAAUGCUACCUGACAACGCCGCCUUACUAUAUGGCGUCAACCUGCAACACCAUUCAGAAGCCGAGCCUCGCUUUCUCGAACUACACCUCCGAGUGUCCUUUCCAGCCUCAACUGUGUCACAAUAAGUCCGACUCUAUUGUGUUUGACACGGGAAUAAUCAACUCACACGAUGAUCUCGGCAUCAAUGCUCACCCCGAAGACCGCCUGACGUAUCAAAGGAUCACAACUUGCGCAGUACUUAAUAGCACUGGGUAUAUGUCAGGUUGGGAUGGCUCAAAUGACAGCACAGACGAGCCCGCUUACGCAUAUUUUGGAUCUUCAGCGGAAGGGAACUAUACAUAUUCAUAUUCAAAUUUCGCAUCGCUCUAUACGGAUUACACUCCAAAGGUGACGGUGGCGUAUCAAUUGUAUGCUGCGCUGGCUUACGGCCCAGUUCCAGAGGCUCAGAGCCCUAGCCAAGGCGAUUUUGAGCCGCUCCCUGAGCUCAAAAACAAUUCCGCGGAUGUCAUCCUGUUCUUUCUGAGCUACACAGGAAGAUACGUCGAAGCAAUUGAGGAUCCAUGGUUCUUAGCAAACCGCUUACACUUGGUUGAGAGUGAUUUUCCACUUGUCCGGUCGCAAUACUCUCGCGACAGUCCCAUCAGUACACUAGGGUGCACCGAACAGCAUAAAUUUUGUACCAACAGCGGGAAGUGUACGCCCUUCUUGGGAUUUGAUCAAGUGCAGCACGUUGAUGCUUUCAACUUUGCCCUCACAGCCCACCAAAAUGUCACCUUUGACCGCAUGCUUCGCGCUGUCACGGCUUCGAGCUUGAGGCAGAUUGUUCAUUUUCUUGCUCUGACCAGCACCCCACUGUUGGCCAUGAACUCAAACGGAGUUCAAUCGCAUACGCUGUCUUUAAAGCUGCCGAACAAUCAGUGGCAACUUGAACUGAACUACUGGCACUCUAUUGCGAUGGCACAACUCCAACGGAUAAUUGUCGAAUGGGGUACUGGGCAGAUUGCACCAGAACCACAAUUCCUCAUCAGACCUCAGACAGAGCCCGACGCGUGGUUUUGCAAAAACCUGAUGAUUCCGUCGACCGUCUACCAGUCUUUCAGCUUACUCGCCAUUAUCCUGACUCUGACCCUCGGUUCACUGGUGAUACUGAUCAGUCUGACCAUUGAGAACUGUUUGGGCUGGGCUCAGGGGCGUUUCAGCAGGGGUCUAGCCCGAAGGGAAUAUUGGAAUCGGGACAACAUGCUGAGACUCCAAUCCUGGUUCAACGAGAGCCCGACAAUGCCCCAACCUCCGCCGAAGGACUUUAAGCCGAAUACUUGGCAUCACAAGACUCCAGAGAGCCUCGAACUAGGUUCACUUCCACCGGUACGUGAUCUCCAUAAAGAUAUCAACAGCGACGCCGAUAGUGGGAACGAUUCGCCAUAUCAAGCACCUCAGCGGGACAUCUGCGGCCCUCCAUCCUUCAAUAAUCGAAUCAAGUCACCGGAAUCAACACCUCGAAGGAGCUCAGAUAUCUUUCCCAACCCGAUCCGAGACUCAUGGAUGACAAUAAGCUUGGAUGGCUCCGAUGCUGCAGUGCCAGAAGCACCAGUCAACGUUCUGGAUAGAAAUGUAAAUGCAAGGACCGAUUCAGAACCAAUGAUUGUAACAGGCUGUUCUCGCCCGGCACAGCUUGUCACUGGACACCUAGGGUAUGUCGUCGCCGAAGCUCAAAGCAUCUGGAUUUAA